CUGCCUGCUUAUGUAGCCUAGUGCGUGUCACUGAACAACUGUGUGGCGCAGAGAGAGAGAGAGAGAGAGAGAGAGAGAGAGAGAGAGAGAGAGAGCGAGCGAGAGAGAGGCUAUUCACCUCCAACCGGCACCAGCACAAUGCAUUAUCUGAGCAGGUUGUACGGCGCAUUCUAAACAGAUAGCGACACAGACUGUUCAGAGUCUACAACCACGGAGAAACAAACAUCACAACAACCGGACCGUCUUGAGUAACGGAAGAGGAAGGUAGCCUUUUAGCAGCCUACCGCUACGCAUGUUGACGCUAUACUCUGUAACAAUCCCCUGUUUUCUCUCGCUCUGUUCGUCUUUAUCAAGGACUGCGAAGGACGAACGGGAAAGUCAAAAAAGUAUUCGUUGAGAUAGUCACAUGACCUACAGAAUUUACAAGCUGUCAGUACCGGCUCACGGAAUGGAAAAGCUGUCCGGUCGGCGUCGGAGCCACUUGAAACGAAUUGGGUUAUAACGGAAGAUCUUCAUACUGGAAAACAAAAACAAAUGGCAGAAUAGAUUAACACGAAUUUACACGAACACGGCUCCAUUCAUGUGUGAACUAUUUUCCCAUUAGGUAAGACAAACCUGCAUAUUUGAACGGACGUGAGUGACCUUGUUUCAAGGGCUAGAGUUACGGUAACAUCCCGUUUCUCUCUACAUUCUCCGGGGGAUUUAUUUGGCACCAAUGGCGACAUUGAUCAAAUGAAACCGGGAGGAGAAUUCUGGACUAAAGACCGUGAAUAAUAAAUAGUGCGCUCAACCGUGUGAAGUUCCUCUGAUAGCCCCGCCUACCCCAGCAUGACCCACCUGACCUAGUUUCAGAAGGAUGACAUUUCGAGUACCGGAACCUGUCUUUUGGCUUUGAAAGACAACAAUUGACGUUGAACUCCAUUGAACCUUGAAGGACGUGAAGUGAGACGUAUUUUUUGUCUUCUUCCUGUACCUUUCACUCAGUUUUGCCGAGGAAUAACGGAAACGAUGCGUUAUUAUAAAGGCUGAGCGAAUGUGUAUUAGGCAAUGAUAGCCUAUAUCAAGGUCUUGAUUGCUGGAUGUGUCUAAUCUUUUGGAUUUACCUGGGGGUCAAGAAACAACUGAGAGGAGACAUAAUUAUCACGAGUGUCCCUCUGAAGCACUGGAUAUUUCCUGCAUAGGCUACCUCUGUCAUUUCCUGUAUAACACCUGACAUUUCUUUUAAAAUUUCACGUGGGAAUAAUAAUUCUACUGACUCAGGGAAUUUCAUGCUCAUGAAAACCAUUUUCAUUAAUGGUGCUAUAAGGAUUACACUUGAUGAAACUUGCAUUUGGUUUUGACACUGUUAUUGAGAUCAAAGGUUUGCAUGAGAAGGGAAUUUUUGACAAUGAGAAAGGAAUUGACAGGAAAUCAUCGGGGAUGAUUUAUAAUUAUGACAUCAGAUGCUGUCUGUCAAUAAUCAAGAGGACCUUGCUGUGAUUGACAGCUAGAUCAAUAAAAACAUAUCAGCCAAGAGGAUCUGAGGGCGUUAUUAUGGCAAUGACGACAAAACAACAAGUGCUUUUAAGGACCGAGCAAGUAGAGCGUGUUCAACCUCUCAACAGAGAUUUAUUGGAGCCAAGCAAUUAUCAAACAGUCCGUCCUCCUCCUCGUCCAAUCAUGUUCUUGAAUUGCGGCCAAUUGCUGCCACCCCUGCUGCGGCACGCGGAUGUCCCAGCCCGCAUCACUGAGAGCUUCAUACUGUCCGGUUACCGCUUCCCCAACUACAGCCUCGCCCAAUGCCUGCUCUCGGCCUUUCAGCCCACCAAUGAGACCGGCAACUUCUGGACCCAUUUCCUGCCAGUCUUCAUCUUUGCCUUCUACUUCCAGGAGCCGUUCGGUUUGGAAGGCGCUCCGCCCACCUCCGACCCUUUCUUCUACCCGCUGUGGAACUACUUCAUGGGGGUGUUGUGCCUGCUGAUGGCUAGCAGCAUGGCUCACCUCCUCAACUCCAUGUCUCUGGUCAUAAGAGAGGUGUGCUUUUUUGUGGAUUAUGGAACCAUCAGUGCUUACACCGUCGGGUCUUCGUUGGCCUAUUACUACUAUAUUCACCCCAGAGCGGGGAUCCUGGAAUUGGGGAUUGGGAGACACAACAACACCCACCAGGACCCUUCUUCAUCAUCGUCAUCAUUGUCCUCGGCCAUGCCAGAGUUCAGCGUGUUUUUCGAGACCUUGUACAUCCCCAGCUCCUGCCUGGUGGCCAUCAUCUGUGUCUUGGCCUGCUGCAACACCCGCCAGCGCUGGAGGACCUACCGCUACAUCAUACGUACCCUGGUAUUCCUUCUGCCCUUCCUCGUGGCCUCCACGCCCAUCUUCUACCGCCUCCUCCACUCCUCCCCCUACCUGCCGACCUCCUCCUCCUUCUCCUCCUCCGCCUCCAUGGCCCAGUUCUUCUGCCGACACUGCUUCUGGCUGGUGGUGUCAGCCAUGUUCAACAUUAGCAAGAUCCCUGAACGACUGUCACCGGGUAGGUUUGAUAUCUGGGGGCAUAGUCACCAGUGGUUCCACGUCUGCACCUUCCUGUCCAUUCUCGAUGAACUUCAUAUGAUCAACGGGGAGGUGAGGGCUAUACUCCUCCACCCAGUCCUGGUGGUGCCCCCAGCCACCCCUCCACACCUCCCCGGCCCCACCUUAGCCUCCACCUACGGGGUGAUGCUGGUCCUCCAGGCCUCCAUCGCCUCCAUCAUCGCCUGGUUCUCCUGGUGCGCCAACAGCAUCUACAAACCCCAGGGAGACCAGUUGGAGAAAGUAUUCCUCUCUAAAAGACAUCUAAAGUGUCACUGAUGUGGGACCUGAUUUGAUAAAGAGCUCUGAUUUUAUUUCCAGACGUAGGCCAGUCAGCUCGUAGAUUAAUUGACUUAAUUUAUUUCAUCACUUGAACAAUGCAGCGCAUAUCGUUUAUGGAGGUUAGAGAGGAUACCACUCACGUAAUAUAAAAAAGUAGCGUGUGUUUUCAUGUAUUGUUUUCAUUUGUAGUCACUCUGUAACAUUCACUAGUACUGUAUCCUACUUUGUCUUCACCAUCACCCAGUGGUUUCCCCCUUUCCCUUCUCCCUGGACUGUGUGGGUAACUUUAGCUUUACAAGGGUAAUUGGCGGUCAACUAAUAUUCAAAGGUUUUUGUUUUUCAAAUUCACCAUGGGGGUCCUAUUUGGUCCACUGGAUUAGGAACAGUGUUUCGUGGGGUUGGAACACCUUGCCGGUUCAGUCAUGUCCCCUGGGGCGGUUCAGUCAUGUCCCCUGGGGUUCAGUCAUGUCCCCCGGGGUUCAGUCAUGUCCCCUGGGAUUCAGUCAUGUCCCCUGGGGUUCAGUCAUGUCCCCUGGAGUUCAGUCAUGUCGCCUGGGGUUCAGUCAUGUCGCCUGGGGUUCAGUCAUGUCCCCUGGGGUUCAGUCAAGUCCCUUGGGGUUCAGUCAAGUCCCCUGGGGUUCAGUCAAGUCCCUUGGGGUUCAGUCAAGUCCCCUGGGGUUCAGUCAAGUCCCCUGGGGUUCAGUCAAGUCCCCUGGGGUUCAGUCAAGUCCCCUGGGGUUCAGUCAUGUCCCCUGGGCUUCAGUCAUGUCCCCUGGGGUUCAGUCAAGUCCCUUGGGGUUCAGUCAAGUCCCCUGGGGUUCAGUCAAGUCCCCUGGGGUUCAGUCAAGUCCCCUGGGGUUCCAGGACUCACAUUCUGUUCUAGAACAAGACGAUAAUUAUAUUCCUUAAGGGGGGUUUAAGGUAGAGGGCAUUGGAAAGGUGUUGUUACCCAAUGCCCUUUAAAUGUCACAGUGAGAUUUAAGAAACGUUUGCUGCCAGGCUGUCUUUUAACGGUUCCUUGAUGAAUCUCCUUCAACCUUCCUCCACUUCCCCUACCGUCUCUGACUGAUUAUACCUCUUCAUAUCUGUCUCUCUCUCUGUCACACUCACUCUCUCUCUCUCUCUCUCUCACACUCUCUCACACUCUCUCUCUCUCACACUCUCACACUCUCACACUCUCUCUCUCUCUCUCUCUCACACUCUCACUCUCACACUCUCUCAACCUCACUCUCAAAUUCUCUCUCUAUAUAUCUCUUUCUCACACACUCGCAAUUUAUUUUUCCUUCAUGUUAUACUUAAUCUCUCUUCAUACUUUCUUGAUACCUUCUCAAAACUCCCUGUCAUGCCACACACAGUUUAAUUUCCUACCGCUUUCUCACAAGCUGUCUCUGUCUCUGCGCAGUGGUCUAAGGCACUGCAGCUCAGUGCUAGAGGCGUCACUACAGACCCUGGUUCAAUCCCGGGCUGUAUUACAACCGGCCGU